GACAACAUUAAUAUACCUAGCAUAAAAUAUCCUCUUAUCAAAGGACUUGGGACUUUGCUUUAUUUUCCAACAUUUUAUGUUAUUCGUACCUGUUAAAACAUUAUCACAUCAUUUAGGUGUGUGUAGUUGUUUUCAAGUGUUGUAGUGGUUGACGUGACGUAAAAACAUUAUUCCUGUAUUGCCCAUAUUCCAAUGAAGUCGGCAGGUUUCCGAAUUGACUUUUGAAAGUAAAUGCUAUGACUUUUUUAUCAUAAAUAAUGUUUGCCUGUCUACUUGAUGUGCGUUUUUGUUAUUGUCGAGUUUAAAAUCAGAUAGACACAAUUACAGAUCAUAUGGCGAUCUUUAAGCUUUUCUUGUUGAGGAAGACCCCAAGUGUGAGCAUCAUUUCUGGCACGGAAGAGCACCUUGGUAGAACCAUUGGCUUUCCGCAAGCUAGAUGGACGGCUUCCUCAUGUGAAAUGAUUCUACAACUAAAGCCAGGUUUCGAUCCCACAGCGGGGAGAGACAAUUAAUUCGAAGCCAGUGACCUUUACCACUCGGUCAAAGAAGCCCAUGGUAUGGUGUUUAAUUCAUCUUACUUUACUCAUUAGGGAAGUAGAUACGCAUAGCAUUAAUGACGACGAGAACAUGUGUUCUAUAUUAUCAUAUAUUUAAUUAACUCAUUGUUUUAUAUUUCAGACUAACACACCUGCUAACCAGGCAAUAUCCGGCUAAAAAUUUGACAGACUGCUUUGGAAACCUUGUGAACCCACUGAAUACUACGGAGAAAAUGAACGAUAGUUUGUUAUGGCAUAGUGAUAGAGAAUGGGAUAAACAUACGCCUAUCCAGCUAGACAUCUAUCAUAACAACAAGACGUCAAAUCCUAUUUGGUAUUUGCACAUUAGUUUAGAGACUGUGGAUGUAGUGAGUUCUAGUUAUCGUCUUGCCCGACCAAAGCCUAUAACUGUUACAAACAAUGUCACUAAUUUGAGUGUCGAAAUCGAAGUAAUGGUUUGGUGUUCCAAUGGUUAUUAUGGAGAAACGUGUAACCAAGCAUGCCAGCCUGAUGUCACUGACUGUAACAUUGCAAAAUGUGCAGUUGGAAGAUUUAACAGUUCCGUUGGCUUUAGUGAAAUACUCUUCCAUUGCCGCGGAAAAAGUAAAUGUGAACACAACGUGUGCGUUUGUCCAGACAAUUUAGCGGGAAGUAUGUGUAACGUAGCUAACAAGUAUAGUCUACCAUUUGGAAAUUACUACAACUUUCUGGAAAGUAGAGAGAGUAUUGAAUGCAAAUCAAGAUACACUGGAUUCAAUUGUGAUGAAGAAAAUUUUUGUUUUGAUAAUCCAUGUAAGAAUGGUAGAUGUUUAAAUGAAACCAAUCGGUACAUUUGCAUAUGUAAUGACGGAUUUCAUGGAUAUGACUGCGACAAGGACAUGAACAACUGUCAUUAUAAAGCCUGUCAAAAUAACGGUACCUGUAAACAAGACGGAGAGAACUAUACUUGUAUAUGUCUAGCUGGAUACCAAGGGCGAUAUUGUGAAAUCGACAUAGAUUUCUGUUCAAACGAUACAUGUCACAACAACGGUACCUGUGUAGAGGAACCAGCAAAUUAUACAUGCAAUUGUCUUACUGGAUAUACGGGGCGACACUGUGAAGUGGACAUAGAUUACUGUUUCAAAGAUACGUGCUACAACAACGGUACCUGUGUAGAGGAACCAGCAAACUAUAAAUGCAAUUGUCUUACUGGGUAUACAGGACGACACUGUGAAAUUGACAUAGAUUACUGCUCCAAAGAUACAUGUCACAACAACGGUACCUGUGUAGAGGAACCAGCAAACUAUACAUGCAAUUGUCUUACUGGGUAUACAGGGCGACACUGUGAAAUCGACAUAAAUUACUGCUCCAAAGAUACAUGUCACAACAACGGUACCUGUGUAGAGGAACCAGCAAACUAUACAUGCAAUUGUCUAACUGGGUAUACAGGGCGACACUGUGAAAUCGACAUAAAUUACUGCUCCAAAGAUACAUGUCACAACAACGGUUCCUGUGUAGAUGAACCAGCAAACUAUAAUGCAAUUGUCUUACUGGGUAUACAGGGCGACACUGUGAAAUCGACAUAA